AUGACCAGGUGGCAAUCAUACCCCUUUUACUUCACUCAGGAUGCAAAAAUUGGUAUACCAACCGAAUCUGGAAUCAUGGAGAUGGGUGGCAAGAUCAGUGAAGGGUCAGAUUUUACUCUGUAUGCUGGCUUGCUUGCCACAGUUUUCAUGGGUGCUGAUGGUAGAUUCCUGGAACAGCCUGGACUAAGAGCGCCAUUCCAGGAGCCGGCUGGAAGGCCCCGCCCCUCCUGUGGAGGCCCCUCCCACCCCGUGAACGCCCCGCCUCUUCCACGGGGGUCCCGCCCGCCGGACAAGACGCAGGCCCCACCUCGUGAGAGGCCCCCCCACUCCUGUAGUGCGGGCGGGACUACACUGCUGGCUCCUUCCUUUGACCGCGCCGGUACGGACGUCGCGGAAAUAGGCGCCAUGGCUGUAUCCGGGUUCGCCCGGUUUCUUGGUCGAGCUCCGGCCGCGGCUUGGAGAGCGGCAAGAUCCCCCCUUCUGUGUCAUUCUUUGAGGAAAACAAGUUCUUCUCAAGGAGGAAAGUCUGAACCUACCAAACAGUCCCUUAAGAAACCAAAGUUACCAGAAGGUCGUUUUGAUGCACCAGAAGAUACCUAUUUAGAGAAAGAGCCACUAACAAAGUUUCCAGAUGAUGUUAAUCCUGUUACCAAAGAAAAAGGUGGACCCAGGGGCCCAGAACCUACCCGAUAUGGAGAUUGGGAACGAAAAGGACGCUGUAUUGAUUUUUAAGCCACAUAUUCUUUAACUUCAGUAUCUUUUUCUGAAUACACACAUCUUAAUUAACUUAUUGCUGACUAUUUUAUUUCUGCAUAUCCUUUAAUCAUCUAAUUUUUAUAAUGUGUUUAAAAGUAUAUAUGAUGGAUUUGGAAGAAAAUACGCUGCUGUAAAUGAGGAAAGGAAAAAUAUUUCCAUAUUUGCACAUCAAUUUUAAUGUAAAGGUAUUAGGGUUAUAAGUGAUGAUUAGAACUGUAAACAUCUUUCAUCAUGUUUUAGUUUAAAUUAACCAGUUGCUCAUAAAAUACAAAUGUAAAUAAAGCAACUUUUAAAAAAUGUAUUGCCUUGUGUUAGGUAAGAUUGGCUUUUUAAAUGCAAGUUAAGUAGUGCAUUGUAUUUCAGAAGACCACAGUAACAAGUCUUCAGCUUGGAGCCAGAUUACUUGGGCACAAAUCCUUGCUCUACUACCUACUAGCUGUGUGACCUUGAGUGAGUUAUUUAACUUCUCUAUGCUACAAUAUCCUUACGUGUAAGUUGGAGAUAAUACUAGUUCCACCUCACAGGGCAGUUGAGAAGAUUUAAUGAAUAAAUACCUGUAACGAAACCAUUUAGCACAGGUAUUUAGUACACAUCUCUUAGUAAGUGUUAGCUAGUCUUAAAUCACCAAUGUAUUUUUCCAAGUCUCUAGGCUUCUUCGGUUAACAGGUUAAGAAAUCAAAAUUUGAAAUACUUUAAUUGAAAUUGUUUUGUGUAACUAUAACAUUAAAAAGCCAUUGGUUGGAAAAUUAGUGAUUAUUUGCAUAGGUAACUGGAACUGAAGUAGAUAGUUUGUGAAACAUAAAAUUCACGUACAGAGGGCAAAUAUGAGGAAAGUAGGGCCUAGAAUGGAUGAGCUUAGUUUUUUUUUUAAUUACUGUAUUGUUCAAUUACGGUUGUCUGCAUUCUCCCACCGCCUCCUUGCCCCCACCCACUUAGUCAAUUUUGAUAACUCAGUAGUUCCUCCUACCUCUGUGGACGUUGGAUAACUAGCUGGGUCAGGAAAGUCAAGUCCAGUUUACAGAUGUGGAAUGAAGGGAAGAGAAGAGCGAUUGCACCUCCCUUAAGGGAUUUUUCACUGUCCCGUGGCCUCACUCAGCCAGAGAGAUUGGGCCUUUAGCCCUCAGGCUACACUUAAAUUUGGAAGAAAGGGUUUGCAAAGCCUACCGAAGACAGGAGGUAGUGGCUGAUAAUUGUGUGAUAUGUAUUAUAAAUUUAAUGAGAAGAUUGGAGGGAGACUUGUUUAAGAAAAUUAACUUUUUUAGAAGUGUAUUUGCCCCAGAAACUAACUACUAUGGUAAUUUGCACUAGUCAUUUCAUCUUUAUACCAUUCUCUCUCUUAGUCAACAUUUGUUCUCUAAUCUCAGUUACUGUGCAUGCUGCUAAGCAAUAACCACAUUCAUAUAAAUCAUGCUAUAAUUAACCUUCAAUUAGCCCAAAUUAGUAAAGGCAUUUACUGAGUUAACAUUUCAGAAAUAUUGUGUUAAAUUAUGUUGUAUCGCCUAGUUUCCCUUGGAUUUCACACUAAUCAUUGUGGUGUGUGACAGAAAAGACAAUUUAUGUACUUCAAAAACUAACAUAAUAGAUGUAACAUAAUAGAUGUAACUGAAGUGUUGUAUUAACAUAAUAGAAUCCUUAAUCUCUGUUAAUAGUAAGAUGAUUCAUGACAGCAUGAAAUAUCUAGGUAAAAUUUGGUGGUGUGAAAACAUUUAUGGUUUCUAUGACCACCAAACAUUAACAGAAAAGCCUGAAGACUUACAAAAGGUGAUCUGGUGGCAAUGGAAAUGCAUCAUUCAAAUCCACACCUGUGGGACGUAGCAUUGACUGAGAACCCCAGCUGCUGCCCCAUUGAUCCACUAGUGUGUCUCUGCUGAGGUCAUGCUUCCUGCUCUUUCUAGCUGAUAAAUGAAUGAGUAUGGAGGGACUACAAUGAAUGAAUAUGAUGGCCAACUCCCCUGAUGGGUGGCUUUGGUCCAAGGACUCCUCAUUAGCCUCCCCGGAAUGUUCUUCAGACUGUGCUGCUGUCUGAGACUCUUCCUGCCCAGUCCUGCCCUGCCCCCUCCCCUUCACAGGUGUUAGGCUCUGCCUACUCCUUCCCUUUAUAAUUCACAAGGGUUCACAAUAAAUCUUUUUCUCUUUUAAUCCCAUUUCAGCAUUUGUUUCUUAGAAAAUUCACACUAAUUUGGGUAAGUUUAGAAGAACAAUUUACAGAUUUUUCAGAAGAUGUGAUAAAUAAAACAGAGCCCUUGUCAUUCCAGCAUAGAGCCCGGUGGGUUUGAUGUACACAUGUGAACGGUCCCAAAAGACAGCUGGAGAAGACCAAAUGGAGUGCAAGUGCCUCUCCUUCACCCCAAACAAACCAAAGGAGCCUUUCCAGGUUUGAUGAGGCCAUUAUCACUUUCUGGGUUUUUAAUACUAGAGUCCUGGUAUUCACCUUUUUAAAUCUAAACUGACUCUGUAAGAUACUUAUGAAUCAAGUUAAAUAUUUAUAUAUUGUGAUCAGAUUGACCAAGAAGGAAAUACGGAGCAAGCAAAGUGAUAUAAUUAAAAUUCCUGGACAUAAUAAAGAUUCCUCAAGCCAAGAAGAGCAUUUUUGGUGGGCACCCCUCUGUACAAACACUGGAACUAAAGCCGUCUCUGAAUUUUCUAAGCUGUGACUUGCUACUAUGAAUGAAGUAUAAAUAAUGUACAAUUCAUGAAUAGGAGGAUGUGUGAAUAUUAAGAAAUAUUUGUGAUUAGUAAAUAUUCAGUAUCA